CUUGACCUUGAGACGAAACCCGGCAGACGAGAAUCGGCCGCCUGCUUGAAGGAAUUCGACUGGACGGGCCAAACGAGGCACCGUUUAUGAAAGGGUCACCUAGGUGCUUGCUGAAAUUAUGGGACAGAUUUGACGAAGUUUUACUACACUAUAAAAAAAAUUAUAAUCUUGGAACAAAAUGACGACGAGGAUUUUAUUUAUUUUCUACCAGGCUGGUUACGCAAUUCUAAGAAAGCCAAUUUAAAAUUUUAAAAUAUAAAUUUAAAAAAAAAAAAACCCACCAUGAGCUCGACGGGUUUCGAGUCGCAUUCAGAUCGGAUCCCUCUCACACGUCCGCGCCCUGGAGGUACCCCGGCCAUGAGGGCGCGGGUCAAACGCCAGGCGACCUCCAGCUUCCUGGGCUCGGCGGCCGCCGGGACGGAGAACACCCCCAAGCGGUUCGCCAGCGACGCGGACUGCGCCGAGGACGGGGGGGACGAGAGGGUGUUGCUCAACGUGGGGGGUGUCCGGCACGAGACUCAUGUGUCCACCCUCAGGACGAUCCCCAAUUCCAGACUGUCGAGGUUGGCGGAGUUACAUCUGGACAGCGGGGGCGGGAGGCAAGAGUAUUUUUUUGACAGGCACCCGGCGGUGUUUAACUCGAUCAUAGACUUCUACAGGACAGGUGAACUUCACGUACCGCUGGAGGUGUGUGGCGCGGUGGUCAAGCGGGAACUCGACUUCUGGCAAAUCAACGAGCUUGAGAUCAAAGCCUGCUGCUGGCGGCACUACCGGUCGUACAUCGAGAACCAGCACAUCCUCGACAGCUUCAACCACAGCCUCCGCAGCCAGGCCGUCAACAUCGACCUCAACAUCCUGUCCGGCUGGCAGAAGAUCCAGUGGACGGUGUGGCUGGUGCUGGAGUAUCCGCGGACGUCCAGGGCUGCCAUGGUGUACGGUGUGACGUCAUUCCUUUUUGUGGUGACGUCGAUCGCAGGAUUCUGCCUGGAGACUUUGCCGGAGCUGAGGAGCAACAUAACAACUCCGUGUGACGGAGAGAACCCCGGGGAGCUUGGCAGGGUGAUGAAGUCACACGAAGCCUUAAACACCCUUGAUAUCAUAUGCACAGUCUUUUUUACAUUGGAACUUAUCCUCAGAUUCAUAUUUGCACCAGACAAACUUAAAUUUGUUCGCUCUUUGAUGAAUAUCAUAGAUUUGCUAGCAUUAGUGCCUCUAUAUGUUCAAGUGAUCUUCACAGAAUCAGACAGCAUGCAGGCCUGCUACCUGAACGAGCGUUUUGUCAUCGAGAUUAUGUUUAUCCUGAGGAUUAUCCGAAUGUUCAGGAUAUUCCACCUCGUGAAGCACUACCAAGCGCUAAAAGUGUUGGUGUAUGCCAUCAAGGCAAGCAUCCAAGAACUCCUUAUGUUGUUCAUCUUCCUCCUGAUCGGCAUGCUGAUAUUCUCAACCAUGAUCUACUACGCCGAGCGGAAGAACACCACGGAGGGCGGCGACAACUUCCCGACCAUCCCCAUGGGCUUCUGGUGGAGCAUCAUCACCAUGACGACCGUGGGCUACGGCGACAUCUACCCCAAGACGCCCAUCGGCUACGUGGUCGGCACCGCCUGCUCGGUCUGCGGCGUCCUGCUCGUGGCCUUGACCAUCCCCGUCAUCUCCAACAACUUCACGCUCUUCUACCGCCACGUCCAGUCCCGGGCGACUCUCCCUCGUUGCCGGGGCGGCGACGGCUCGGAUUACGAUUCCGCCGACUCGGAAAAAUCCAGCUCCCGGAAGUCGUCGGCGGGGUCAAACAUGGUGGCGUACAUGAACGGGCACGUGACUGGGGUUAACCCUUUCAAGCACAAAACCAGCUCAACGGCACGAUGGUCGCAAGGGGAGUCCUCCACCAGCAUCUCCUUGAAGAAAUCCGCUUCCGAUUACGUUUUUCAGCGGAACAGAUCCUUCCGCGCGUAUUCGGAUGACGGUGUUAUGUAUAAAGGAGAGACCAUUGUCUAAAUAAAAAUAUAAACGCUUCCUACUCUCUAAUUUAUGCGUAGUGAUAUUCAUGAAUGGCAUUUAUACCAGUUUAAUCUCAA